CCCCCAUUUUCCCUCUUGUUUCCUUAGCAGAUGCCCUCCAAUUCCAUCUGCAAUCUCAAUCUCCAUCUCAAUCUCCUAUCCCUAAUUUAAUUGAAGAAGAUGCCAUCGUUGGAAGACGGAGAAAUGUUCCUGCCGUCGACGCCGGGGAAAUUCAAGGACAAAUCCAUCACGAUGCACCGCCAAUUCUACCGCUGCUUCGCCUCCACGAGCACCAUGUUCCUGUGGGCCCUCUUCCUGGUGGCGCUCACGGCCGCCUAUUUAAGCUUCCAGUCCUUCGUCGACUCCGGCAGCCGCUACUUCUCCACCGCCUGGGGCGGCAUCCAGUGGGAGAAGCAGGUCCGCGCCUCCGCCGAGAUCCGCCGCCACAACGGCGUCUCCGUCCUCGUCACCGGCGCCGCUGGAUUCGUCGGCAGCCACGUCUCCCUCGCUCUGAAGAAGCGCGGCGACGGCGUCGUCGGAUUGGACAACUUCAACAGCUACUACGACCCCUCGCUGAAGCGCGAUCGGAGAAAUCUCCUCAAUUCGCAAAACAUCUUCGUCGUGGAGGGCGACAUCAACGACGCGCGGAUGCUAGCGAAGCUCUUCGAGAUCGUGGCGUUCACGCACGUGAUGCAUCUGGCCGCGCAGGCCGGGGUGAGAUACGCGAUGGAGAAUCCGCAGUCGUAUGUGCACAGCAACAUCGCGGGCCUCGUAACCCUUCUAGAAGCCUGCAAAACCGCCGACCCGCAGCCCGCAGUAAUCUGGGCCAGCUCCAGCUCCGUAUACGGCCUAAACGAAAAAGCCCCAUUUUCCGAAUCGGAUCGGACUGACCGACCCGCUUCGCUCUACGCCGCUACCAAAAAGGCCGGUGAGGAAAUCACCCACACCUACAAUCACAUCUACGGGCUCUCCAUAACCGGGCUCAGAUUCUUCACUGUCUACGGGCCCUGGGGCCGGCCCGACAUGGCGUAUUUCUCCUUCACCCGUAACAUUUUACAGGGGAAGCCGAUCACGAUCUACAAGGGGAAGAAUCACGUGGAUCUAGCCCGUGAUUUCACCUACAUUGAUGACAUCGUGAAGGGCUGCAUCGGGUCGCUUGAUUCGGCCAAAAAGAGCACGGGCUCGGGGGGGAAGAAACGGGCCCCCGCGCAGUACCGGAUCUUCAAUUUGGGGAAUACUUCGCCGGUGACGGUGCCGAUGAUGGUGGGGAUUUUGGAGAAGCAAUUGAAGGUGAAGGCGAAGAAGCACAUGGUCGAGAUGCCAGGAAACGGCGACGUUCCGUUCACGCACGCGAACAUCAGCUCGGCCCGGAAGGAAUUCGGGUACAAGCCCACGACCGACUUGCAAACCGGGUUGCGGAAGUUCGUUAGAUGGUAUUUAUCAUAUUACGGCUACGAUCAUGGCAAAUCUGUAAAGUAAAUUUCAUUCAAUUGGUUAGGAUUCAAUUUUUUAUUUUUUAAGUGAAAAAAGAAAAAGAAAUGGAUACUUUUCUUUUCUUGGAGGUGAAUAGUGGAAAAGAUGCACUUAUCAUCUUCGAAUUUUUUUAACUUUUUUCCUUGUUCUUGAAUGAAAACUCGUUUCUCCAA